AGUUCUUCAUCUCACUUCCUUUUCUUCUCUAAGAAAUGUGCAUCAGCUCUAUUUAAAAUCAUCAUUGUUCUUUUCUUCAACUAGAAGCCUGUCGAAUUGGAAUUCAACAAACGUGAUACCAUAGGAAUUGGAGUCUAAGUAAAAAUAGGAUGCCAGGAAGUAAUAAAAGUCCCACAGGAUCGAAUCCUGCUACCCCAGGAAAGGGAUCCCGACGCACAAGCAACACUAAAACACGUCAAUCAAGUGGAAAAAGCAAGACUGGAGGGCGUACAAUGAGUUUCAGCUCAGCAAAGUCCGCUGCUGAAUCUGUUGAAACUCCUGCAGUUACCAAAUUAAGGAAAGCCAGAGGAGAUGAACUGGAGGACACUGGAGCUGAAACUCCUCCGGGGGACCUAAAGCCGGUGUUUCUCUCCGCCCCUACCCAGAGCAUCUUCGGCUGCACGACUGACAGUGAAGUGACAGUUGAGGAGCCUUUCAAACUCAUCCCCAAACAGGCCAUCGUGGACGACAUGGUUAAGCGGGCAGCAGUGUCCGACUUCUCAGUCGUGAAACAAACCAUUCAGAAUUAUGCGGGCGACAGCAUCCUGAUCGCAUAUGAUCCAUACUUCAAGUUUGGAGAGAACUUCUACAUAGCCCUGACAGAAGAAGCCAAAGAACGAAUACUCAAGGACCCCGAGAGGGAGGGAGGUGGAGAAGGUGGGGACGACGAGGAUGGGGAGGGAGAGGGGGAGCCGGAGGACUUGACUGUGUACGAGUACCAGCCCCCCGAGAGCAAACCCUGGGAGUCGCUGGGCAGUGAAAUGGAAAUUGAGGACCACAUCAUCAAGCACAGUCGGGACCUUGUGACAAUGAAAGUGAGUCGUCAGAGGAAGUUGUUUGGAGCGCCCCUCGUGAAGUGGAAGAACAGGAGCAGUCAUGCGGGCAGAGACGCCUACAUAGAGUGUGUCUCCAGUUCAGAACAAGACAGCAAGAGCUUCGAACUGAGUCGAAUGGAGAUGGAGACAGGAGUACAGGCUAUCCAAUCAUACACAACCGAGUCAGCCCAGACCGAGUGGGUGUUUCCGACCAACGCGGCUACCCAGUACGAGCCGAGAGAGUUCGACGAAGAGACGAAGCAGCGGCUGAUGCAAUCGGAGGAGUUCGCCAGCACAGUUGAGACUGCUAAGCCCAGAUUGGACCUGGGCCUGCAACACAAUGUGGUGAUGAAUGCAUUUGUGGACGACUGGUCUCUUUUGGCUGUGGAGGACACCACCUUCGGCAGCAAACAGGACGGAUACCUCAAGGAGUAUCAAAGCUUCACGGACUUGAAGAACAGCAAAAACAAAACUGUCACCUGCAUGGACUGGCAUCCCACACUCAAAGGGGUGGUGGCGGUGUCGUAUGGGGAGAGGUGUACUCUGGAGGAGCGGGUGGACAAUCUGAGCAAGAUCCAACUCACCCCCUCCCUUAUUCUCAUCUGGAGCUUCUCAGACCCCAUCCAACCUCAGCUGAUUUUGGAGGCGCCUGAUGACAUCUGUGCUUUCCGCUUCAAUCCCACAGAUCCCUACCUGGUGGCGGGGGGAUGUGUGAACGGACAGGUGGUGUUGUGGGACAUCAGUGGGCAGAACGAGGAGCGUCUCAAGAGAAGCAAGAGGGCCAAGGUCACCAAGGCCAACACCAUGAACACCCUGCCCGGCUAUAUAGACGAGAGUUCGAUCAUAACGCCCGUGGUGAACUACUGUGCCGUGUCCAUGAUAGACCAGAGCCACAAGAACUGGGUCACAGACCUCCAGUGGAUCCCAGACCACAUUGACAUAAAUCGACAAGGUCAAAUUUUGGAGAACCACAAAGCAUCGUGUGUGGAGUUAGUCACUUCAGGAUGCGAUGGUCACGUGAUGUUUUGGGACAUCCGAGCUCCCAAAGGGACCUCUAACCUGAAGCCACAUGACAAUCCCCUGAAAGUACCCAACACUUUCAAGUACCUGGAUCUUCUGUGGAAGCCGAUCAUGCGCAUCCCCAUCCACAGGACAGACGGCCACGGGGAACACUCGCCUUACGUGUUCAGCUACCGCGAGACGCAAGGUGACCGUUCGAUUCUUCCGACACUGGAUGCGGAGGAGGAGCGACAGGAGGAGGAGAGAAGGAAGCAGGCUGAGAGUGUGGGGCUGAGACCCAGCUCCCCCAAGGAGAAGAAGGUGUUGCAAGGAGCAUCCACUCACUACUUUGUGGGCACGGAGGACGGCGAGAUCAUCUACUUGGACUGGACCCUGGAGAAGGACACGGAGACUGGCAAACUAGUCCACAAGUCCCCCGAGUGGGUGAAGGCGACUCACGAUGGUCCAGUGAAGACCCUGGACAGGUCUCCGUUCUUUAAGGAGGUGUUGCUCUCGGUGGGUGGGUGGAACUUCUGCAUCUGGCUAGAGGCAUGUGCUGAGCCUCUGAUGCAGUCGCAGAGCCACAACUGCCAGCUGACUCAUGGACGGUGGAGUCCCACCAGAGCAGGCGUCUUCUUCAUCUCCAAGUCGGACGGGUGCAUAGAUGUGUGGGACCUGCUGGACAGGACAUCCGACCCAGUCCUCACCCAAUCUGUCAGUCCUCACGCAAUCACAAAACUCAACCCCAUCAAGAUCUCCACCAAUCAGCAGCUACUGGCCAUUGGAGACAGCUACGGGACACUGCACGUGUUGGAAGUGCCCUGGGUGUUGAGACAGGGGGCUGCGAAGGAGCCACAGGCGGUCAUGUCCUACUUGGAGAGGGAGAAGGAGCGACUGGAGUACAUGGAGACGAGGAGGGAGGGCAGACUGCUCGAGAAGAGAGAGCGGGACGCCAAAAUACAGCAGCAGAAACAGUUGGACGCAGCCGCGUCUAAAGUGACUGACGAGGAAGAAAGAGCCAGCGCAGAGAGAGAAGUGCAGCAAUACUUUACCCUGGAGAAGAAACUGAGGAUAGAACUGGGCCUAGAGGAAGAAGUGCUCUAGAAUGCAUUAAUGCAAAGCCCCGCAUUGUUCGUUCUUGAAAGACGAACUUCAUUCAACUCCCAUUCUUACCUGCUGCUGUCAUUGUCUACAUAUCAAAUUCUAGUGAUGAUUUUGUUUUGUUGGUAAUAAACCAUUUUU